UCUCAUUCAAGUGAUUCCGAGCCAGGGUCCCUGAUUGUCUCUCCCCACAUGAAAUACCAAUUCUGGAGACUUUUGUACAUGGCUGGAAAUAGAGGUCACAGACAGGAACAGCAGACAGCAGUUAAGUACACAUACCCAUACAUCCACACCCCCAUGUCCAGGGGAUCCUGAAUUUAGAAUAUCAACAGUAUUUAAGUCUCGUAGCCCAGAGACUGCCCACUCACCCAGCCCCCUGCAGUGCUAUUGCCCACAUAUCUGCACUGCUUCAGGAAGGACAGUUUGCAGAUACCGCAGGCUGGCUCAACAGAGAGAGAGAGAAAUCAGUCAGUACUAUAGCUGUAUCACCCAGGUCUGGGUGCAGGCAAAUUUGCCCAACUCAGAAGCAGAGUUUGAUUUUCAAACUCAACGACAGUUCAGCUCUUGGGAUCCAAGCCAAUUCCUGCACAUAAUGCUGUGCAGAUGCAUCUGUUGGCUCAGAGCUCACAGGCCAGUCCCACUGGGUAAUAUAGACAUGAAAUCACGGGAAAAAGGGCUAUGAGAAGACCUAAGGAGGUCAUCUAAUCCAUCUCAUUCAUCUAAGUGUUUUGUUUACAAACUCGGAGAGAAUUGCCUCUGGCACAGCAGAUAAUCGAAUGGUAUUUCUCAAAACUUCCUGAUAAGCACACUGAUCAUAGGGCCAGCCUUCCUUACAUGAUGCAGUCUCACCCUUCACCCCUUAUAAUCUGAUUUUGAAGGUCUGGACCUUGAGACAGAGGGGAGGGGAGAGAAAAGAAAAAUCUACUCACCCUCAGAUAAAUGUUUUACUAAGCACUUCUGUUGGCUUCUGACCAUGAGCUACAAACAGCAUUUCAAUUUUUAUAUUAAAUCAAACGUGACAUUAUUUCCUCAUAAUUAGAAGGCUCCCAGAGUAAGGAAAUGGCAACAAUAGGAGGUGGACUGGAGACCUAAUUCAGUACAAUGCUAGCUGUGCUUACUGACAAGCAGCAUCUUUGUUCUGAAUAUGUGACUCACAGGUCAAUGUUCUCUCUUGCCACAUACUCCUAUGAUAGUUAGCAAAGGCAGUUAUCUACACACACCCUCCUUUUGCAUCUCUCCACCUACUUGUCUGACAAAGUUACUCUGUACAAUUAAGUCCUUAACCUAGGCAUGGAUCAAUCUGACUUUACGUAAGUCAUGUAAAGUCAUUGCUUUAGAAAAAAAGUGACCCUCUUCCCCACUUGGAUACAGCAUUUCAGAAGUUUUACUGCUUAGAAAAAUUCUGCUUACCUCUGACUGUAGAAAAUGCUUGUUUUAUUGGUUCGGGAACAAGGCAAGCAGGCAGAUUAUAAGAGGUCAAUGAUGCAGUUACAAUAUUAAGUGAUAUCCCAUGAACAAUCUCUAUGUUUCCUUUAGGCUUACUUGCUCAGAUUGUAACACUGCUGGUUUUUCAUACUGCUUUCAUUCUGUUUAGCCUUUCACAAUCUAAGAUUACUGCUGACAUUAAUAAAUGCCCUAGCAAAAAAGAUAGGACUGUAACAAAGGCCUGCUUAUAUGUGAUAAGAAACUAUUCAUUGUUACUUUAGGUAGAAGGGUAACGAUUCUUAGAAUGAGCACCUGCCACACAUCAUGAUAAAAAGGAGGAGCUACAAGACACUUCAAGGUCCUUAUGUACAUACUUGUCAGGAAGGGAGGACACUAAUUGCCUCCAGGAGCAUCCUUAUCUUCCUGAGGCAUAUAGCAAACAAUUACCAACACCGAAGUAUUGAGAAACUAGGGGAAAGGUAACUUGGGCCAGGGUCCCCACAACCACCGACCCAUAAGCCCCCUACCCAAAUUAUACCACCUACUCAAAAGACAGAGGUGGAGAAAGGAACUGAGCACGCAUUCUAGUUUGCAUACUAGGCGAAGAAAUAUGAACCAAUUAUAGUAAAGGCGAGUGUACCACUUUGUAAUCUUUGUAAAAUUUGUGUAUAAAUAUGACAAGAGAACCAGCGCUAGCUAUGCCUGAUUAGAGGAACUAUCCUCUUGACACCCAGCGCUGCCAUAAAAGGAAAUGCCUGCUUCUUAAUGCUAAAUUGGUGUUAAGGAGUUUUCUUUUAUUCCCGAACUUUGGUGACAAAGAGAACAAGUUUCCACUUUCCUAGCUCUUAAAUCCUGACCUCUAACCACUACCCCAUUUCUUUUUUCCUUUGGGAUGCUAUUCUUUUGCCCACUAACUGCAAAUCUUUCAUUUUGGAAACAAAAAUUAGGAUCCACCAUCCUUCUCUUCAUCUUCUGGUCUAUUCCAGUGUAUAAUAUACACAUACUGUCGUAUAUGUGUAGGUGGAAAAUGAUCACUGUGGCAUCAAUAAAAGAGAGACCAUCACCAAAUCUUUCAGAUACUUCAUCUCAGGCAGCAAUAGACAAUGUCAUCUGUGUAGCUCAUUUUCCUUUUCUUAUCAGAGUAUUGAGUUGUAUGGUAUGGUCACCUGGAUAAGUAAUUACCGUCCACAACACCUGCUGCCCACUUGGUCUUGCCACCUAAACUCAGAAGCACACCAGCUCUUCCAGGAGGGCCCCACCAACGAAGAUGACUCCACACAGCAGACCCUCAGCUUUACCUAACGUGCUGCCUGUGCUGGGUUAGAUUUGUUGGUGACACAGUGCUAGAGAAAGCAGCAAAAUACAUGGCAGCUCUCCAAACUGAUCAAUCAUACAAACUAAUUUCAAGAGGCUACAGAUGGUAAACUCAUACCCCAAAACAGUUCCCGCAGAGCUCUGUUUCCUGUUGCUCAUGAAAAAUGAUGGAAAAUAAAACCCUCUCCCUUUGGAUUCUUCUGCCUUUUAACGUUUCCCAGCAUGAGAGAGGGAAAUCAGUUCCUCUGCAAGAGGAAGCACUUUUCCCUGCCACACUUGUGAAGCCCAGUGCAAACAGCAUUUAGAUAUUUGCAUUUCUUACCGUGUAUUAUUCUGCUUACAGAACCAUGCAAAUGUAAAUGAGGAUGGGGGUGCUGUGACACAAGUAGUGAUGGGGAAAGAUCAUAGAUUACCGGUAUCCUGGAACCAGAUGUGCUGGGAAUUACAUAAGACAAAGAGAAGACUUUCUCUCUCAGAGAAAGGACUUAUAUAAAUCUUUUACAAAGUGAAAGAUACACACAUUUUGCUAAGAUAAUGGUCCAUGUCAUUGCAGCAGCACCAUGAUAAAUCUUAUGCCUUCAGUUCCCACUGGCUGAAAAUAAGUGUUUACAGCUAAAUUCUGCAUCCAAUGUAGAGCUUUACACUGACAGUAAAAAAAUGAGUAGGUUGAGGAGAGCAAGGCCAGGUAUUUAGGGCCUGCCCCCGUCCCGGCCUCCUCACUACCGAGUGCCGCUGCACGGCCGGGCUCUCGCCGUAGGCCCCCUCGCACGGCCCACGCACUCCCACCCGCUCCACAGCGGGCGGGGGCCGCUUCGCUAAGCCUUCAACGCGGGGCCGGAGUUUGAGGCCGAGAUAACGCGACGUCCCCUCCCGUGUCAGGACUACAGCGCCCGGCCUGCCCAGCCUCACCGCCCUGGUCCUCCUUCCGCCCGCCUCAGCUGACAGCGCCAAGGGGAGCUCGGCGCCCGGCUCAGCUGACAGCGCCAAGAUGGCGGCGGUGCGGGACGGGGAGUUCGCUGCCCUGCAGAGCCUGCUGAAGGCGCCGUCGAAGGACGCCGUGCGGCAGCUGUGCCAGGAGUGUUUCUCCAGCCCUCCCGCCGGCCUCGGCCCGCUGGCGCAGCGCGCCUGCCCCGGCCUCGCCGCUGGCCCCGAGGAAGCGUUGCAGGCUACCGAAGGCCCAUCCCGACCUGUAUGUAAUGCUUUUCAACGCAGCAGAGCCCUUUCCCCUCUUCCUUUCCUACAGCUGGUAUCUGCUUUGCACAACCUCACAAGGCACGUCGUGUACCGUGGUUUGACAAGGGCAGAAGAUAUCCUCUCUAUCUUUCCAGAAAACUUCCACCAAAAUCUGAAAAACCUUUUGACUAAGAUAAUCUUGGAGAAUAUCUCUGCUUGGAGGAAUGAAGCACAAGCAAGUCAGAUCUCCCUGCCUCGGCUGGUUGACAUGGACUGGAGGGUGGACAUCAAGACAUCUUCAGACAGCAUCAGCAGAAUGGCAGUCCCUACUUGCCUGCUUCAGUUAAAGAUUCAGGAAGAUGUUGCCUUAUGUGGAAAUAGUCCUGUUGUUUCUGCACUGACUGUGGAACUGAGCAAAGAAACCCUGGACACUAUGUUAGAAGGUCUAGGAAGGAUCCGGGACCAACUUUCUGCUGUUGCAAACAAAUGAAUACUCAAGGGCAUGGAUUCCAGCAGCGAGGAAGGGAAGUAUUCUCUACAUACACUAGGCUACAACUUGCGAGAGUUGUAUGUAACAUGUUUUCUGUUUUAACAAAACAAAAUUAAAAAGAUUUCUUUGAGUUAAUAAGAUAGCUUUUGAAAAGCUAACACUUAAACAUUCCUGUAGGCUGAUGCCCAAAAGUGGUUUCCUAAUAUGUUGUUGAACAAAAGCUGGUCUCUAUUUCAGAAAAGGAUUUGAGGGCUCAGAGCUUGGCUUAAUCACAAGGGUCGUAACUGAAAAUUGCAAAUAGCUGCAGCCAAUGAAGCGAGUGUUAUCUCUCUGCCCUGAAAAGAUCUAAAAGGCUUAAGCUGGUUAACGGGCUGCCUUCCAGCGUUAGCAGACAAGGAGAGUGUUUUUCUCUGGAAUGUGUGUGUACUGAGGUGCAUGCUGGAUGUAGCACUCGCUCCCUCUCAAUGAAGCACAGCCAUGCUGCAGAUUGUUAUUACAGGAUAAUGCUUUGAAAUAGGGCAAUUAUGCUACAACACGUUCUCUUCCAAUCAGCUUCAUAGCAUCAUUUGCAGAAUGACUAGUCUGAAUACCUUUAGCAGCAAGUAAUUUCCUUCUUCUGUUUGAAAAGAAAAAAGGAGUUCAGAUAAUUCUUGUUUGGGUUUACUGGACUCUGGGCUCUGCCUUCGCUUCACAAAAACCAGACUGGGAAAAUAAAGAAUUGAUGGCCGUUGUCUGUACUGUGAAACCCUUCUGUGGCAAAAUGUGCCUAUAUUUCCCCAGUGUUCUGUUGUUUGUUUGUGUAAAUCUUCAUUUAAUUAAAAAAUGAACUGCUAA